CCUCCGCCGAACUCGAAGAGGGCCAACAAACACCAUUUUCGACGGACAUGGUAUUUUUGGUACCGGUAGUGAUUGGCUACAACGAAAGGACUACAACAGCAACCGACCGGAGAUUUCGUUUCCCCUAGCCCUCUGGAAACGCCGGAAGAACCACCAUGACCCAUACAGUGUCGGCAGCGAUAACGGCUGCUCGGGCGGCGGCAGCGAGGGCAGCGACCGGCUUUUGCAUGCCGGGAAGGGCCACAGCCACGGCUUCAUCCACGGCUUCAUUGGCCACGGCUUCAUCCACGGCUUCAUUGGCCACGGCCUCUCCUCCCAUGGCACGCCAGCACCAACAACGGUGGUCGUCGGCGGGUGCCGCCGGAAACCGCUUGUCGGGGCGUUCCAGAUUUUACAACCACGUCGGCACAACACUCCUGGAGGUCGCGCCCUGGGAAGAAUCCGGGGACGGAACCUCGUCCUGCGGCGACAGCGACCGGGUGGCGUCGCCCAUCUCGGCGGGGGUCGACGGCAGCCGGUCCGCAACGGGGGUCCACCACAUCCCGAAGGGGGACCGGACCACCAGGUCGCUCGCCCUGGAGGCCAUGCUGGUUCCGCGCGUUCCGGGAGCGGGACCGGCCCGGGAAACCGCUACGAGUGCUGCCGGCGACGGCGAGAGCGGCGGCUCGUCCCCGUCCUGGUACGGCGUCACGCUGGACGGCCGAACCGUGUCGACGCCCAUGGGGCAGACCCUCGCGGUUCCCUCGGAAACCCUGGCCUACAUGAUUGCCGCCGAGUGGGACAGCCAGACGAAAGACCUCCAGCCGUCCAGCAUGCCGCUCAUGACCCUGGCCUGUACGGCACUGGACCAGGCCGCCCACCACCCCCGGUUCUACCGGGACACGGCCCUCAAGUACCUGCCGACGGACACGGUGCGUGCGAUGUGUUUCUUGUGGGUGUGGCACGAAAGCGUCGCGUCGAAGCGGAGCACGGUGUUCUAGGUUUUUCUGGUCCGGUUGGAGCCUUUGCGCAACGAUUCACUCACUCACUCACUCACUCACUCGUAUGUUUGUUUGUUUGUUUGUUUGUUUGUUUGUUUGUUUGUUUGUUUGUUUGUUUGUUUGUUUGUUUGUUUGUUUGUUUGUUUGUUUGUUUGUUUCCUCGUUCGACCAAUGGCCCGACGACCGGCCCGCAGACGUGCUUCUGGGCCGAUCCCACCGAGGACCGCCUGCUGCACCGGCGCCAGCAGCAGGCCUGGAAGGGCCUCCACGGGUUCUGCGCGGACCGCCUCGGCGGGGCGAGCCCCACCACCGCCUUUGGGAUGGAGGGGAUGCUCAUGUCCCGCAAGCGCGGGGACGAAAAGCCGACCGCCGGCCUCCCGCACCCGGGGGUUCUGGUGGAGGCGGCCGACUCCUGGACCCGCUCCCUCGACGCCUGGCAGCUGGUCGCACUCAACUCGAUCGCCACCCAGGCCAAGUCCUUCCUGAUCGCCUUUGCGAUGCUGGAGGGCGCGGGCAUCGCCCUCGGGGACAAGGGGGAAUCCAGAGUCGCCGCCCCUCCCUUUGCGGACGUUUCCGACGCCUCCGAGGCGAGCCGCGUGGAGGAGGAGUUCCAGAUCAGCGUCUGGGGCCUCGUGGAGGGCCAGCACGACUACGACAGGCUCAAUUCCUCCAUCCAGCUGCACUCGGCAAGCUUGUUUGCCAAAACGAUUCUGCUGGAGAACGCCGAGUAGCGCUCCGAGCGGCAAGAAGCGACCCACGGCGAACAAGCUUCCUACGGGUCCGCUGGCCGAUGGAACGGUGCUUUGGGACGGUCAACGACAAAAUCGAGGAACAAACAGUUUUGCAGUAU